UGCAAAAUCAUGAUUGGGGUGUUCAUGCCUACGGACUUCUCCCAGGGUAUCUGAGGUGAGUCGUGUGCAUGGACAAAGGCGGCCACUGCCCUCACAUGGUCAGCUCCUCCUCGCUGGUCUGGGCCGGUUCCCAGGCAGCCCAGGGCCGGCCUGCAGCUAGAAACCUGGCUCCAGCUAGAGGAAGGAAUUAAUAGCCGGGGUGGCCCCGGAGACAGAGCGGUGUUUAUCCAGGAAAAAGAGGUCGGAUGUAGGCAGGCCCCUGCCAGCUCCUCCCCGAAGCACUGGCCUGGGGAAGCGGACUGGGGAGGACGCUGCUCCCUCCGGAUCUGAACGGCCUCCGGCCUGAGCUGGGGUCCAGCGGCGGCCUGCCCGCUCCGCCCCGACGCCGGAUCCGGAGCCCCGCGCCCGCCGCGGCCCGCAACGCGCAGCCCCGCGCCCCGCAUGUGGCUCCUAGAGAAGGCCGGCUACAGGGGGGGCGCGGCCGAGGCGCCCCGAGGCCUGCUCCCCGCGCGCCGCGCCUGCCCCAACGUGCUCACUCCCGACCGCAUCCCGCAGUUCUGCAUCCCGCCGCGGCUCCCCGACGGCCCGGCCGGCCGCGCGGGCCUCCCUGCAGCCUGCUCGCUGCCGCACCUGGCGGGCCGCGCGGGCUGCGCCUUCCUGCCCGAGAGCCCGCACACGCGCCGCCGCGAGUCCCUGUUCCACGCGCCGCCGCCCGGCCAGCCCGGCCCGCCGGCCGCGCGCCUGCACGCGUCCACCCCCGACCUGCGCCGCUGCCGCGCCCCCGACGGCGACAGCGCCUCGUCCGCCGACUCGUCGCCCUUCGGCUCGCCGCGGCCCCGGCCCCGGCCCCGGCCGCUCUCGCUGCCCUCCGAGGAGGAGGCCAGCCCGCCCGCCCCGAGCGGCCCCGCGCUGCCGCUCUUCCACCUGGACGUGCUGCUCUGGCAGCUGCGGCCCGCGCGUGACAGCGUCCUGCGGCUCGGGCCGCGCGGCGGCCAGCUGCGGGUGUCCGCCGAGUACCAGGCGGCGGCCGGGCGCCUGCGGCUGCGCCUGGUCAGCGCCGAGCGCCUGCCCGCGCCGCGGUCCGGGCCCGGGCGCGGCGGCGGCGGCUGCUGCGUGGUGCUCCGGCUGCGGCCCCGCCUGCGGCCGCGGGGCCAGCGCAGCCGCGUGGUCAGGUGCAGCGCCAACCCCAUCUUCAACGAGGACUUCUUCUUCGACGGUCUUGGCCCGCCCGACCUGGCCGCCCGCAGCCUCCGCGCGAAGGUGCUGGACCGCGGCGCGGGCUUCCGCCGGGACGUGCUGCUCGGCGAGUGCGAGGCGCCGCUUCUGGCUCUGCUGCCGCCACCCGGUGCGGGGCUGGGCCCGGGGGCCUCGCUGGCGCCCGCCCAUCUAGGCCUGUAGGGUGACAGAGGGUCGCUACCCUACCGGACGUGUAGGCUUCGCUCCUUCCCACCGCCUUGUAUUUAUUUGGGGGGAUUGUCUGUUUGGGGGGACCACAGCCGACGAUGCUCAGUGUUAUUCCUGACUCUCCACUGAGGGAUCACUUCUGUCAGGGCGAGGAUGGAGCCCAGGUCGACCGUGCACAGGUCAAUUCCCUCCCUGCUGUACUGUGGCUCCACCCGGCUUGUAUUUAUUUUUGUUAAUAAAAUGUCGAGGCCUCCAUCUGCAGCGUG